GGCGCAAGGGGGCGACCUAGGCGGGGCACGCCGGCAGGUAGCCCGCACAGUAGCAGAGACAUGGCUGCCGUCGGGGCGGCGGGAACGACCCCUCAGGCCCCGCGGCCGCCGUCGGGCGCCGGCGAGUUCGGGCAGCCCGACGGGGCGGCAGUGAGCCUGGAGGUCGGGAGCGGCUUCCAGGACGUGCCGCAGCGGGCUUUGCGAGCAGUAUACGUGCGCAGCGAUGACAACACCCGCGACGGCUUGCUGAGCCGCACCGUGGCGGGGGCCUGCCGGUGCCUGCUGCAGGCCUGCGAGGCCCAGGGUGCGCAGCUCACUUUGCUGCCUUUCGCUGGACUCGACUUUGGGGACCCUAGCCUGCUUGAAGUCUUCUACCACUCAGAUGUGGUCUUUGUCGAUAUGAGCAAUAGCUGCACACAGGCGACCUUGUUCUACCACUUUGGAGUCCGCGAGAGCUUUGACAUGACCAACAAUGUGAUCCUGUUCAGCGACAUGGAUGCUGACAUUACGCUGAAGGAUAUGGUAACUCCAGGCAACAUAGAUUGUAGUGGGAAUUACUAUUUCAUCCCAUACAUCGUGACACCAUCUGGUGAUUACUUCUGCUGCGAGAAUGAAGUCCACGGGCAAGCUCCCGAGUAUAUACAGUCCGACUCGAGCACCAUCCUGAGCCCACUGAGCUUGCCCCUGGUGAACAAGUUGGUUGACCUCCUCAGGGACAUACAUGUCACCUCAUGUGCUUACUAUAGAAACGCCUUGUUAAAUGGCAUCCUGAAAGCCAGACAGAAGUACCAGGGGGAUGAGCUGGCGAAUGAACUGACUCAGAUCAGGCUCCGCAUGGAUCACACUGAUUUUCUGACCUCUGACAUCAUCAUCAAUCUACUGCUCUCCUACAGUGACAUCCAGCACUACGAUGCAAUGGUGAAGCUGGUAGAGACGCUGGAGCUACUGCCCACGUGUGAUUUGACCGAUCAACAUCAUAUUCAAUUCCACUAUGCAUUUGCUCUAAAUAGGAGAAACGAAACAGGUGACCAGGCGAAGGCUCUUCAUGUGAUCCUGCAGGUUCUGCAGAGCUGCGAGUACCCAGCCUCCGAGAUGUUGUGCCUCUGUGGGAGGAUCUACAAGGACAUCUUCUUGGAUUCGGACUGCAGUGACGUCCACAGCCGAGACUGCGCCAUCGAGUGGUAUCGCAGAGGGUUUGUGCUCCAGUCAUCUCUUUAUUCUGGAAUUAACCUUGCAAUUUUGUUGAUGGUUGCCGGCCACAGAUUUGAAACUUCCAUAGAACUAAGGAAAAUAGGUGUCCAACUGAAUAGCUUGUUGGGAAGAAAAGGGAGCUUGGAGAAAAUGAAAGAUUACUGGGAUAUUGGGCAUUUCUUCAUCAUGAGCAUGAUGACCUGUGACGUCGGCAAAGCCAUCCGCUCAGCAGAGCAGUUGUUCAAAGUGAGGCCUCCAGUCUGGUACCUGCAGUUGUUGGUUCAGAACUUGUUUUUGAUACAGCGCUUCACCAAUCCCAUUGUUGAAUACUCCCCCAGACAGGAACAACUGAACUUCUGGCUAGAGAUCAUUUUUCAGGCAACCAGAGAUGUUUCUGCCAGACUCAGAUUUCCAGUUCUGGUGGUUGAAGCAGUCCGUGUCUACAGACCCGCGUAUGUUUCUAUCAACAACGAUACUGAGGAGAAAGUGAUUUGUUUGUGGCACGUCUCACCCAUGGAUACGAAACAAAAGCACGAAUGGAAUUUGAAGGUGCCUUCCAUUAAGGGAAUAAGCCUCUCCAAGUGUGAUGAACGCUGCUGUUUUCUUUACAUCUGUGAUUCUGAUGACUUUCAAAUCUGCUUUUCCACUGGAGAACAGUGUAGUAGGUUUUUCACUUUGGUCAAAGAGAUGUUAAGCACUACAGAAGAUAGCACAGCGAUGCAUGCAAGAGGUGCUUUCGGAAGCAUCUUUCAGUAUGAGUAUGAGUUGGAUGCAGUCGGCAGGAAAGUUGUUUUGGGAAAAGGCACAUAUGGGAUUGUGUAUGCCGCCAAAAAUGUGAACAGUGGAGUGCGGAUAGCCAUCAAGGAAAUCCCGGAAAGAGAUGGCAGGUACCCCCAGCCUCUUACAGAGGAGAUAACCGUGCACAGAUACCUCAGACACCGCAACAUUGUUCAGUACCUGGGCUCUGUCUCCGAGGGCGGCUACCUGAAGAUAUUUAUGGAACAGGUGCCUGGAGGAAGCCUUUCUGUUCUCCUGCGGACGAGAUGGGGGCCAAUGAAGGAGCCCGCAAUCAAGUUUUACACCAAGCAGCUGGUGGAAGCCCUGAAGUAUCUCCACAACAACCAGAUAGUGCACCGAGAUGUAAAGGGUGACAAUAUUCUGGUGAACACAUUCAGCGGAGUGGUGAAGCUCUCUGACUUUGGAACCUCAACACGUCUUGCAGGUGUGAGCCAGUGCACGCGCACCUUCGCAGGCACUCUGCAGUACAUGGCGCCUGAGAUCAUCGACCAGGGACUGUGCGGGUAUGACUCCGCCGCUGACAUCUGGUCCCUGGGCUGCACCAUUGUGGAGAUGGCCACCAGCAGGCCUCCGUUCCAUGAGCUUGGCGAACCGCAGGCAGCAAUGUUCCAAGUGGGCAUGUUUAAGACCCACCCCAAGAUCCCGAAAUUCCUGUCCGCGGAAGCCAGAGCCUUCAUUCUGUCCUGCUUUGAGCCCAGCCCCCAGAAGCGGGCCACCGCCGCCCAACUGCUCCAAAUGGGCUUCUUGAGCCAAGUGGACUGUGCGGACUGGAGCGACCCGGUGUUCCAGCCCUUGGGUGAGGCCUGCCCCACUGAAGUCUCCCAGGUCCUGACUGAGUCCUCUGCAGCCCAUCCCCUGAGCAGCAGCAGCAGUAGCAGCAGUAGCAGCAGCAGCAGCAGCAGUAGCAGCAGCAGCAGCAGCAGCAGCAGCAGCAGCAGCGACAGUGGCGAAGGCACUAGCCAGGGUGCCAGCAGUGAGGACAGCCGUGGAGCUGCUGGCGGCCCUGGCAGCAUCGGGGUUAGCAGCAACCAUGGCCCACAGCACGACUCCAUCCCACCUGAAGCACUGUUGGAAGAGAUGCAGGUGCCAGAGCAGCAGCGGGACCACCUGCUCAGCCCCUCCCACAUGUGUGUCUGCCACAGGGUUCCAGAAGAUGGUGUGUCCUUGUCCCCAGAGGACCGCGAGCUCCGGGCCAUUCUAUACCAACUUCUGUUGGAGAAGCAGAACCAGGUGGCUUCCAGCCUGCAGGAGUUCUUGGUCCAGGGCUCAAUAGAGCUGCACCUCUCCAUCAACCACAUCCAAAGCAUCAUCGGGAUCCUGCGGGACUUCAUCCACUUGCCAGAGCGCGGGCUCAUGGUGGCAAUGAUCUCAAAGCUCAAGACGGACCUCAACUUCCACAGCCUCGCCAUCAAGCAGAUUCACCUGGUCCUGUUUGCCUUCCAGGAUGCAGUUGAUAAAAUGUUGAUGAAGCACUUAAAGGGGCCCUACUGGAAAUUAGCAAUGGACAUCGUGUACCAGGCGGUGCAGGCCGCCAUCAGCACACUCGUGCCAGAACUCCAAAGCUGCUCUCAGUCUGCCUCUGCGGGACCAGACCAGAUCGUGGAGCAGGUGGACAGGCUGCCAGGCAGUGGGCCUCAGGCUGACCCGACCGACGCGGCUGUUGGAGGCCAUGGUGCCGCAUCUGCCCUGCAGGGCCAGCUGCACUCGAACGUCCAGUACAACCACCUCCGGGAGGGGACCACCCAUCUUUUGGAACACCUAAUUCAGAGAGAAAGAAACUACCAGAGCUUCCUCCAGCAAACUCUGGAGGAAAAAACUCAGGAGCUGCAUGAGCUGCAGCACAGCACGCAUGCUCCUGCCGAGGACCCUGGGCCCUCUCAAGGGCAUAGGACACAAAUGAGUCUCUUAGAAUGGUUGAAGCUGCAAGGAGCGGAUGCAAGCCUCAUUGAAAAGGUACCUUCAUUGCUAAAAGCUUGCUCCUGUGCUGCGGCUCGAGUGUUCUUACGUGGCUGCUCUUUGUUUCAGAUUGUCGAGGAAGGCUACGCGCUGUCUGCAAUUCCUAACAACAUCACUAAGGAGCAGCUGAGCCAUCUGUACCAGCGGGGUGGCCUCCUGUACCGGUUCUGGAACGCCCUCUCCCGGUAUGGAAGCAGGCUUGGUGGGCCUCGCUAAACCGCCAGUAAGCCCAUGCUGACAGUCAACACAUGGGCUGCGUCUGUUAUGUGCACACAAUACAUUAGGAAGAUCGUGACACUGUAACAACCAAC